CAUCGCUAGCUUUAAGAGCCAGUCUGCCUAUCGUUGAUAGAUUGUGAGCUUCUAUCUAUCAUCAUCAUUACUACUUUCAAGGCCACAAUCUAUGCAAACACCAACCCUAUAGCCAACACCAUAGCCACCUACAAUGGUCUUUACUGCCCCCGCAUGGGUACCACACCUGCCCUUCGAUCCUCCGGAUUCGGUUCCUCUUCAUCAGUUCCAGUUUGAUGAAGCAUAUGGCCGCUGUCCAUUUCAAUUGUCUAAAAGCCCCUUUACCUGUGCACUCUCCGGCGCGACCAACCCUGUCUUGGAUGUAAAACAGCGCGUCGAACACCUUGCUCAGGGUUUGGCAAAAGAUAUGGGAUGGAAGCCUAACAUAGGAAGCGAGUGGAACAAGGUCGUGAACAUUUUUAGCUUGAAUCAUAUUGACUACAUGACUUUGACCUGGGCGAUCCAACGCCUCAACGGCAUCUGCACCCCGGCCAGUGCUUCAUCUACAGUUGAAGAUUUGGAGUUCCAACUUCGUGAUUCGCAAGCCAAAGCUAUCUUCACAUGCGAGCCCCUCCUCCCAAUCGCGCUGCAGGCUGCGGCAGCUGUAGGUAUUCCAGAGAACCACGUGUACUUGAUAGAUCGUUCAGAUCAGACUCGCACUUCUACAAACCUGUCCUGCAGCCGAAAAUCGGUACAGGAUCUAGUUACUGAAGGAGGAAAAGAACCCUGCUUGGAUGCAAUGCUGUGGGAGCCAGGACAAGGUGCUCGACAACUGGCUUUCCUUUGCUACUCAAGCGGAACAUCUGGUCGCCCGAAAGGAGUCCAGAUUACUCAUCAGAACAUGAUAGCGAACGUUCUACAAUCUUUCGCUUUGGAUAGUGGCCGACGAAAACUGAAAGAGAAAAAUGGACCUUCGAGAACAUACACUGAAUACUCUUUAGGGGUUCUACCCAUGAGCCAUGCGUAUACACUUACCGUCUUACAGCUCGCUACGUACCGGGGAGACGGUAUUCUAGUACUGCCAAAUCCUGAUUUGAUAGCUUGUUUCAAGGUUAUCUCUAAAUACAGGAUUUCCACACUGUGGCUUGUGCCGGCCCUGAUUGAAAUGAUUCUCAAGAUCCGCAACAUCGCCAUCGGAUAUGAUCUCACCAGCGUGGACAAUAUCGUGAGUGGGGCUGCACCGCUUCCAGAAAAGACAGCAGAUGCUCUACAAAGACUAUUGCCACAAUGUCGUAUUCGACAAGGUUACGGCCUCACCGAAGCAAGCACCGUUGUCUGCUGGACUCCCGAUCAUGAUAUUUGGUUCAAGUCCGUGGGAUCCCUUUUGCCAGGCUGUGAAGCAAAAAUCAUUCUCGCAGAUGGCUCAGAGGUUUCAGAACAUGGUGUACCUGGAGAGUUGUUUGUAAGAUCACCUUCUAUUAGCAUGGGCUAUCACAAUGAUCCUCAGAAUACCAAUGACACAUUUGUGGACGGUUGGUUGCGUACUGGCGAUCAAGCGAUGGUCUGCAAAUCACCGUUGGGCAACGAACACGUCGUCAUCACCGACCGAAUCAAGGACCUCAUUAAGGUUAGAGGGCACCAAGUCUCUCCCUUAGAGCUCGAGACUUUCUUGCUUACUCAUCCUGCUGUCUCCGAUUGCUGUGUAGUACCAGUUCCGGAUGCACGCUCAGGGGAGGUGCCGAAAGCAUUUGUCGUCAAACACGAGCAGUAUCGCAACAGCAAUUGUGACGAGCAAGUAUUAAGGCACGAGAUUCAGGAAUACGUAAAAGAGAGCAAAGCUGAUUACAAACGUCUGGCAGGCGGUGUUGAAUUUAUAGAGGUCGUCCCAAGAGGCCCAGGUGGGAAACUACUCAGGAGAAUGCUGCGUGCAUAAUCAAACAGACCUUGCACGGCUCACCAAAGGCGCUGAGAUGAUGGCGCACUUGAUGGUGUUAAUGCGUAGCCAAGUUGCUGAGCUUCAAGCAGCAAAAUCAAGCAGCCGCAAAGCGCAAAUCACAUAAUAGAAAGCGGCUACAGAAUGAAGGGGCUUUGGAGGUCGAGGACGGUAUAUGUCUGACUACUCUGAAGGAGUUCAAUGCUCGUGAUUGUAAGGGUGGGGUUCCACACCACUCCGCGGUCACAACCAAAACGGUACGAAUAAUCUACCAACGGUUGAUUCGCGUGCAGAAUAGAGUAUAUAUACCUUAAAUUAUCCCCCU